AUGAGCCGCCGCGCGGCGGCGAGCCGACAGACGGGGAAACGUGACCGGAGAGGCGAAGAACGAUCCAUGGCAGACACGCUGACGAUUACCGACAACCGCACCGGCCGACAGUACGAGAUUCCGAUCACCGACGGCACGAUCCGGGCCAUCGAUCUCCGGCAGAUCAAGGUAGACCCGGACGAGUUCGGCAUGAUGUCGUACGACCCGGCCUUUCAGAACACCGCCUCCUGCCGGAGCCGCGUCACGUUCAUCGACGGCGACAAGGGCAUCCUCCGCUACCGCGGCUACCCGAUCGAGCAGCUCGCCGAGCACAGCACGUUCACCGAAACCGCGUACCUGCUGCUGAACGGGGAGCUGCCGACCGCCGCGGAGCUGGAGUCGUGGGAGGCGGAACUCGGCGGGCACGCCCCGCUGCCAGAGGGGAUCAAGAGCCUGCUGGAUGGGUUUCAGCCCGAUGCGCAUCCGAUGGGCGUGUUUCUCAGCUCGGUGGGCGCACUCUCGACGUACUAUCCCGACGCGAAGCAGAUAUUCGACGACGAGAACCGCCGCAUUCAGGUGGCGCGAUUGAUCGCCAAGGCGCCCGCCAUCGGCGCGUAUUCCUAUCGGCACGCCAACGGCCUGCCGUACGUCGACCCCGACAGUUCUCUCGGCUUUGCCGGCCGGUUUCUCGGCAUGCUGUUCGGAGAGCCCGGCGCCCCCUACACCCCGGACCCGGUGCUGGAGCGGGCGCUCGACAUCCUGUUCAUCCUGCACGCCGACCACGAACAGAACUGCAGCACGAGCGCGAUGCGCGGCAUCGGCAGCUCGCAGGCCGACCCGUUCGCCUCGAUGGCGGGCGCGGCGGCGGCGCUGUACGGACCGCUGCACGGCGGCGCGAACGAGGCGGUGCUGCGCAUGCUCGCCGCCAUCGGUUCGGUCGACAACGUCCCGGACUUCAUCAAGAAGGUGAAGGCGGGCGAAGGCCGCCUGAUGGGCUUCGGCCACCGCGUCUACAAGUCGUACGACCCGCGCGCCACGGUCAUCAAGGAGCAGGCGUACCGCGUGUUCGAGGUGACGGGGCGCAACCCGCUGCUGGACAUCGCGAUCGAACUCGAGCGGAUUGCCCUGCAGGACGACUACUUCGUCCAGCGCCGGCUGUACCCGAACGUCGACUUCUACUCGGGUCUGAUCUACGAGGCGAUGGGCUUCAAGCCCGCCAUGUUCACGGUGCUGUUCGCCAUCGGCCGCGCCCCCGGCUGGAUCGCGCAGUGGCAGGAGAUGCUGCGCGACAAGGCCCAGAAGAUCGCCCGCCCGCGGCAGAUCUACCUCGGGGCCGGCGAGCGCGACUACGUGCCGAUGGACCAGCGUUAG